GCCAGAGGCUCGGGCGCGGGAAAAACGCUCGAGAGCCCUCUCGGCCGCGACACAAAGCGCGCGCUCGCCGGGCAAAAAAAGUCGCAGUGGCGCUCGACCCUUCUUGUCCCCCGCGACGACUAGGACGAGAGGAGGACGACUUCAAAGGCACAAAGUGCGACAUUAAAAAUGUUCGCCACCUUCCAUCAAAAGAUUAUGCGGGAGCUGCGCCGAGGAGAGGAUCCGAAAAGUAAACUCUCCGCGAACAAGUCCGGCGAGAGAAAGAAUAAAAAGCCGAGAACGCGGUCAGCGACGAGGACGACGAUGGAAUGCUUGCAAAAUUAAAGGGGAGAGAACGCGUUCGACGCCAACUUCUCGCGCACGACGUUUCUCAACUUUUUCGGCGAGAGGCUCUCCUCAUCCAUCACCACGCGCGCGACUUUCGGAAGAGUAAAAAAUCCCGGAGUGUACGUAACGCGCGGCUGCGACUGCGGCGGCGAAUUCUUCUCUCUUCCCUUUCUCUGCCGCCCGAGGAAAAAAGUUUCGAGAAAGGCGCCUUUUCCCUCGGAAAAAUCCGUCUCUCUCUCUCUGCCUCGUUUCCGGGCCGAAAAAUUCCAAGACGAAGACGGGGAGAGCGGGGAGGAGAAAAAAUCCCGAGGAAAGCGCCUCGGAUGUCGGAGGCGGUAAUCCGGAUGAGCUGCCGCGGCGCUGCAGGUCCCAGUCCAGGUUGCCGGGCGGCGGCGACGGUGGCGGCGGAGAAAUCGACGGCGCGGAACGCCAGAGUCCCUAAGACGUGACGGACCGCGCGGCCGAGGGAAAAAGCUAUAUUCAGAGAAGGAGAGAUGGUGUCGAAGAGGAUCAAGUACGCGCGGGCGCACCUCACGCCGCGCAGGCACAUCGCGAUCCUGGCCAGGCCCAUCUGGAGGCGCAGCUACCUCAGCCCCGACUCCAACUGCCUGCCGCGGCCCUUCUCGGUGUGCCGCGCGGCGCUCAGGGCCCGGCCGAGCAAGCGCAUCAAGAUGAUGGCCCAGCCCAAGAGCGUGCAGAGGAGGUUCGACAGAGCCGCCAGCCAGUCUGUAAAAUUGCCUCUGCUUUCUCUUCCCCCUCGACGCGGCUCCUCCUUGGCUGCACACAGGCGGCUGUCGCUGCAAUAUCCGCGAGCGCAUCGGGGGAGCCUGCUGCUGGAGACGAGGAACCGGCUCUUUGAUCUGGCCCUGCCGAAAAAAAGCGCGCUGAUGCACGCCCGGAGGCUGGCGCGGAACCGCGCGACCCUGGCCAACAUAAACAGUCUGCUGCAGGGCGUGCGCAAGUCGAGAUAUCAGAAGUAUCGAAUUAUCUGCGAGGCGCUGCAACGGCGCGCCGCCGCCAGGGAGGAGAAGAUUAGAAGAAAAUUGCGCAGAGCCCUGAGCAAGCCCGGGGAUUGGGAGAAGCACAAUAGAGCGCUGGAGAGGCUGGCCGCGCCUAAGCGCCGGCCCCCGAAACCGCCUCGGCCGACCUCGCAGCGCGGCAGGAGGAGAGCCAAGCAGCGGCCGGCCUUCGAUCCCCAGCGACUGGAGCUGCUGGCCCAGCCGUCCCGAAAGCAGCCGAGUCGCGCUCGGGACCCGUUCCAGGUGGCGCGCUCGGCCCUCGUCGGAGCGUUCAGCGAGCACGUGCUGGAGCUGGCCCAGCGCGACAACCCGAGGCCCGUGCCCCGGUACCGCGAGCCCGGACAGGUCCUUCCGCGAGCCCUCAGAGCGCACGCGAGCGAGCGGAUUCUCGAGCUGGCCAAGCCCGCCGUACGACCGCCCGGACUGCAGACCGACCUCAAAGAAGAUGCCUUCAGUGUGCCGCCGCUGGCCCUCAAAGCAAAGUGCAGACCACGAAUAAAGAUCCUCGCGCGGCCGAAAACUCGCGGCCGCCGCGCUAAGGCUUGAGGAUUUUCCCGGGGCCACCGUCGUACAUCAGCAUUAGGGAGAGAGAGAGAGAGAGCAGAGACGUCUUGCCGGCUGAGUUAUGCACAAAAACGCUAUUCAUUUCAGUGAUCUGGUGAUUCUGUACUUCCGUUCCCCUAUUAAAUAGUUUACGUGGAAAAUUUUA